GCUAAUGGAAAUCACAGAGUCAUUGUCAAAGAUGGGAUCAUUGAGAGAAUUAGGAUUUUUCAUUUGGAUCGCUCUGGCUCAGAUUAAAAACACUCAGACACAAGAAUGCAACAUCAUCACAUCCAUCUCUUCUCCAUCGGCUACGUCACUGCUUGUUCAAUGGACCAGCUACACAGGGGCCACCAACUAUAUCCUGGACCUGCGUGUGGUGAACACGAGCAAUGUGGCACCUGUGGUGGUCACAGUUUCUGCCUUAACUACACAGAAAGAAGUCUUCGGCCUGAAACCGGGCACUUUGUACACUGUUGUGGUCAAAGUUUUCCGCUUUUACAAUGUUGAGUGUUCGGAUACAAGAAUAGCGAGGACAGUCCCAGACACAUCUCAGAUAAUCUCCGGACGGGCAGUAUCAAGUACAGCCAUCGCAUUAGAGUGGGACAGGGUGUCCUCUGUGGAUCAAUACUUUGUCAUUGUGAGCUCCUCAGUAACUAGUGAGCGCUUCAAUCUCUCCUUCACAAACACCAGCGCAAUCAUCCAAAACCUGCGACCCACCACCUCCUAUGACUGCUAUGUUUUCACCUCCAACUCAGCCGGCCUGGGUGCGAGGAGUCGAGUGCGCACUGUCACCACGCUGGUUCAGCCACCAGCGGUGGUCACAGUCGUGCCCAUCUCGACCCAAGCAGUGCGUGUCACGUGGCAGCCUGUGGACAAGGUUCUCAUGUAUAAGGUAACAGUCACAGAUGCCAAAGGUACACAGAUAUUGAGCACCACCGUCUCUUCCACCUUCCAGGAGGUUCAAAAUUUGCUGCCGUGCAAAAUGUACCUGAUAGCUGUAUCUUCUCUGAACAUGUUUCUGGACCCUGGAGAACCGAGGCAAGUCAACCACACCGCGAACAAUCUAAAUUCGGUGACAUCAGUUUCGGCAGAUUACAACUGUGUGAGCGCAUCUGCCAUGGUAUCGUGGGGAGCAGUGUUCGGUGCUGAGUCUUACCGUGCCACAGCAGUUGAUCAGAAUGGUAGGACCGUGUCCUGCACCUCUACGGGCACAACAUGCAUGCUGGCCAGAUUGGGUUGUGGCAGGGACUACGUGGUGUGGGUCAGUGCCAUCGCCAAUAACUGUGAGAGCAUAAGCAGCAACACUGCCUUCUUCCAGACAGUACCGUGCUCACCAGCUAAACUGAACCUGUUCCGUGAAUGCAGCAGCAACGUAAUCAUCUUCUCAUGGGCACCAACAAACAACACAGCAUUCUACAGGGCACAAUUGGAGGACUCCGCUGGGGGUUCACAGGCUUGCAUAACCACAGAGUCUUCCUGUUUCUUUACCAACACUGUGUGCGGACGUAGCUACAAUUUUACUGUCUAUAGUGUGAAUGGGGAGUGCAAUAGUCCAGUCAGUCCAGCAGUGAGCGUUCAAACAGCACCUUGCAAACCCUCUAACCUGAUCACUGAGUCAGAUUGUAAAACAGACAUUUUGAGGAGUUCUUGGGAUGCAGCAGAUGGGGUGACACAGUACAUUGUGGAAGGCAGAGGAAAUCGUGGAAAUUCCAGCUAUGAGAGCUACUACAGCUGUACCUCAAAGACAAGGAGUUGUAGCAUCCCUGGCGUUGCAUGCGGAGAAAGCCUAACUAUGAUGAUCACUGCCUUUAAUGAUGAUUGUUAUAGUGAGGUGAUACUGGGUCAGGAGACAAAUACCGCUCCCUGUGUGCCCCAGAACCUCUUGCCCAUUACUGACUGCAGUCCAGACUCCAUCACCCUCACGUGGAACAUGGCCAAUGGAGCAUUGUACUACAUUGCCUCAGUGACAGAUUCUUUGGGUGGGAUGUACACGUGCAGCACAGCAGAUCUAAACUGCAGGAUAACUGGGCUGAACUGUGGAACAAAAUACAAUGCCUCCAUCUUCUCCUCCAACUACAAGUGCAACAGCUCUGUCAGUAACAAGAUCAUUGUGGAAACAGCCCCCUGUCCUCCAUCUCAGGUGCAGACCACUCUAGAUUGUGAUGGGAACCGGGCGCUGGUGAGCUGGCUGAGUUCACGCUUUCCUGGCUCCUACACGGCCAGCAUGGUGGACCAAAGUGGAGGCCUGCUGAACUGCAGCACCGUGAACAGCAGCUGCUGGGUUCCCAGCCUCAAAUGCGGCCAGGUCUAUGACGUCAGCAUCACCUACCACAACGGCAUCUGCCGCAGCAGGCCUUCAGCGCCCAUCCGUAUGAACUCAGUUCCAUGUGGGCCAGGGAAUUUUAACACCUGGGUGGAUUGUAGCUCAGGUGUUCUCCAGUUGACCUGGGAUCAGACAUAUGGUGCUAAUGGAUACUCCGCCAGUGUGGUCUCUGCCAGCAGUGGGAGACAGCACUUCUGUAACUCAACCUCUUCCAGUUGUAGCCUCAGCUCUCUAGCGUGUGGCGAAUCAUAUGUGGCGUCUGUCCGAUCUUACAAUGGCACCUGCUUCAGCAUGCUCAGUCGGGCCGUGACCUUUAAAGAAGUGCCAUGUGUGCCCACCAAUGUGACAGUUGCGAGGACCUGUAGUAACCGCACCACAGUAAUGUGGCAAGCCAGCCUUGGUGCUCAGUCUUACAGGGUCAUUGCCAUGGGCAACAAAGGCCACCAGACAACGUGCUCAUCCAAUACCACCACCUGCAGCCUGACCGAUCUGCGCUGUGGCCAGGUGUACAACGUCAGUGUGGUGGCCAUUGACGACGCUUGCUCCAGCCUCCAGAGCCAAAGUGCUACACUGCAGACAGGUCCUUGUGCACCCUUUAACAUCCGCAGUGUAAUAGAGUGCAUCACUAACACUGUAACACUGAGCUGGGACUCGAGCCCCACCAGCGUGUCCUACACAGGGAGGGCUGUAGGAUCAAAUGGACACACGGUGUGGUGUAACAGCACCUCUGCAGGGUGUCAGCUCACGGGCCUGCGCUGCGGCCAAGAUUACGUGAUCAGGUUGACGGCCAGUGAUGGCGUGUGUGCGAGCACAGAGAGUGAGAUUUACACACAGUCCACAGCUCCCUGUGCCCCAGCGACUGUUUCUAAAUUCCUGUAUUGUGACAUCAACAUGCUGAGUGUGACCUGGAGCCCGAGCCCCAUGGCUCUGAGCUACAGCGCCCUUAUCAGACCCGUAAAUGGACUGUUGCGAGGCUGCAGCUCAUCUGACACAAGCUGUACAAUCUCAGGGCUGCAGUGUGGUCUGAGCUACACACUCACCGUCAUGGCCGCUAACAGAGUGUGUACUGGACCAGAGAGCCCAAGUCAGAUCAUCCAGACAGCUCCGUGCAUACCUGCCUCUGUGUUUGCCAGUGUGGUGUGUGUCAGUAAUACAGUGCGGGCCUCAUGGGCUCAGGCAGUGGGUGCUCUGUCCUACACUAGUGUCCUCACUGGCCCGAGUGGCUUCACCCGUUCCUGCUCCACUUCUGCCCUUUCCUGCGACUUCAGCGGCCUGACCUGUGCUCAGACCUACACACUCCAGGUCCUCGCAAGUAACAGCAUCUGUAACAGCACCGCCACCACAGGCGUCAGCGUUACCACAGGACCUUGUGACCCCUAUAACGUGGUUGCUCAGCUGCAAUGUGGCUCAGGUGCUGUAAAUGUAUCAUGGCAAGCAAGCGCUGGUGCCCGUGCAUACACCGUCCAAGCCUACAUGCAGAGCCAGACAGUUCCCUCUGCUUCUUGCGUCUCUUCCAGCACAACCUGCACACUCACACAGCUGCAAUGUGGAACGGUGUUUAAUGUGAGUGUGCUUGCCAGUGACGGCACCUGCAACAGCAGCCCCUGGGCAGGAACAACAGUGAAAACAGCUCCCUGCCCUCCUGUGCUGCAGGUUUUCCCUUCCAGCUGUAUCAGCGAUCAGGUCAUGGUCUCAUGGGCCUGGGUACAGGAUGCACUGGAUGUUACUGUAAUUGCCAGCUCAACGCUGGGUCAGUCAGUCAGCUGCGGCUCUAGUAAUAACAGCUGCACCUUGCAGGGACUGAGGUGUGGACAGAGGUACACAGUUCAAGGCACCUCCCGUGGCCUGUGGUGUAACAGCAUUGGUGGUGUUCCUCUCAGCAUUGUUACAGUUCCCUGCACUCCUGCAGCAGUGCGCAUUGACUACACUUGUGGAACAAGCAUGGCGGUGUUAAGCUGGAAUGAGAGCCUGGGCCGGGAGAACUUCAUCGCCCGUAUUCAGACUCAGGACCACUCAGACUCUUGCAGCAGCAACCAGACACGUUGCUCAAUCUCUUCUCUGCUCUGUGGAAGAUUGUACAAUGUCACCGUGGGGGCUGUGGCAGGACAAUGCAACAGUAGCAAUGUAGCCAGGACCCAGUUGCAGACUGCCCCGUGUGCUCCUCAGAAUGUGUCUGUCAGUCUGCAGUGUGCCAAUAACACAGCGUCAGUGAUCUGGACUCUAAGUCCCGGCGCCAUAGGAUACAAUGUCACUGCCCUAGGACGUGACGGCGAUGUCAAAUACUGUCGCAACUCAAAUACCUACUGCCAAAUACCCAACAUGCCCUGCUCACAGACUUACAACUUUGUGGUCACUCCAUUUUCGGACACGUGCAAUGGGUUGCAGAGUAGUGCUUUCACCUUCACUUCAGGUCCAUGUCCACCCAGUGGAGUCAAGGUGUCCCUUCUCUGUCAAAAUAAUGUCGGCUCUGUCAGCUGGAAUGCUGCCCUCAAUGCUGAGAGGUACAUUGCCACAGCGACAAGCUCAGAUGGCUUCAGGCACAACUGCACCACAAACGGAACCAGCUGCGUCUUCCUGGACCUCUACUGUGGAAAGAACUACAGUAUCACCGUUGUUACUCUACAGGGUGGCUGCUGGAGUGACCCGAGCACACCUGUGCUACUGAGAUCAGCUAUCUGCACCCCUGCCAACCUGGCCGGAGUUACUCAGUGUGGCACCAAUGACAUCACCAUCACAUGGAACCCCAGCCCUUGGCCAGGUGUCACCUACUUCCUGUUCUCUCAGCAGGACAGUGGAGCAAAUUCCACUUUCAACACCACAGCAACAUCCAUCACAUUAAACCAACUCCAGUGUGGUUGGCUCUUCACAGUCCGGGUGGCAGCACAGGAUAACACCUGUACCAGCCAGUACAGUGCACCAGUGCAGAUCCGCACAGCUCCUUGCGCACCAUCCGGUCUGGCAGCUACUGCUAGUUGCGGCACAAACCAGGGUAACCUCACUUGGCUCAGUGGUGCCGGUGCCCUCUUUUACACCACUACUCUGGUGAGCAGUGAUGGUGGUUCCUUUUCCUGUACAUCCAAUACUACUUCCUGUGUGGUGAAGCUGGACUGUGACCGCAUUUACACAGCUACUGUAAUCUCUUCCACUGGGCUCUGCAACAGCACUGCAAACAGCAGCACCCAAUUUAGCUCAGCACCAUGUCUGAUCAGUAAUGUACAGACUCAGCUUAACUGUAGUGCCAAUUCAUUGGCAGUGCAGUGGGCUGCUAUUAAUGGAAGCAAAAAUUACACCGCACUGGCAAUCGGCACUGAUGGCACACGCACUUCCUGUAACGCCAACAGCACUGCCUGUACCAUCCAGGGCUUAAGAUGUGGACGCAGUUAUGGCAUUGCUGUGACCACCUACAGCAUUAGGUGCAGCAUCCCAGGUUCUGAUCUCCAAGUACAGACAGCCCCCUGUAAAGCAGAGAACCUGUCAGUUUCUCUAGAGUGCAAUACCAGCAUUGCCACAGUACGGUGGAACACCACUGGUGUGGACCAGUCGUACAAUGUGUUGGCAGUGAAUAUCACAGGUGGAGUUGUGCGCUGUGGCACCAGAGCAUCAUACUGCACUUUCAACCAGUUUCAGUGUGGAGAGACAUACACAGUCACUGUUACCGGGGUUACUCAAGAGUGUACCAGCCAGCCUAGCACCUCUGUGGAACUCAGCACAGCUCCUUGCAUCCCUACCCGUGUCACAGCAAACUACAAUUGUGACACUUCGAUCACCUCGGUAACGUGGGACAUAGCUCGUGGUGCUGACAAUUAUGUGGUGUACGCAGUGGGUAGUCAAGGAUACAAGUCCAACUGCAGCACCACAGACACCGGCUGUGAUUUCCUAGAUCUCCGCUGUGGUCAGAACUACAACAUCACAGUUGUCGCAGAGCGUGGUGGUUGCAGGUCUCAGCCCAGCCAACCCUACACCGUGUCUACAGGGCCAUGUCCUCACUCAAGUCCUCGUGUCUUGUUGGAUUGCAGCAGUAAUUCUGCUCUCGUUUCAUGGACGCCGGGUAAUAGCAUUCUAUAUUACAAUGCCUCUGCUGAUACCCUGGAUGAGGGUGACCGUGUGACUUGCAGCACAACUGGAUUUUCCUGUAACAUGACUCGCCUGCAGUGUGCCCGGUCCUACCAGAUCAGCGUCAGUGGUCAGGGGUACACCUGCCCUAGCCCUGCCCAGGGGUGGGUGACCAUUAACUCAGGCCCAUGUCCCCCAAAUCAGGUGUCUGUCCAGCUUCCUUGUGAGUCAAACGUUAUGUCCGUGUCCUGGCAGAUCUCUCAGGGUUCUGUUUCUUACCUGGCUGUUGCUCAGAGCAGCGGUGGACUAAGGUUCAAUUGCAGCAGCAAUGGGACAACAUGUGACAUUCCUGGACUCCAGUGCGGACAGACCUAUGAGGUUUAUGUGUCAGGAGUGGUUGGAACAUGUAUAGGACCGAAGAGCCAGAGCCAGAUUGUCAAAACAGGUCCCUGUGUACCUCAGAACAUCCAGACUAUACUGGUGUGUCAAUCAACGGUGCUUAACGUUACCUGGCAACAGAGUGGUGAAGCCACACGUUACAGAGCCAUGGUGGAGACCAGUGUUGGUCAAGUGAUGUUCCCUGUUACAGACAAGCCCUUCUUCACAGUUCCCAACAUCCUCUGCGGCCUGACGUACAACGUGACGGUGGUGGCCCAGAAUGAUAAGUGCAACAGCAGCCGCAGUUCUGUACAAAGUGCCAUCUCAGCCCCAUGUCCUCCUCAGGCCAUCAGCACAAAUAUAAACUGCACUUCCAACACUAUCUCAGUGAACUGGACCCCCAGCGUGCCUGGGGUCAGCUACAUGGUGCAGGCCGUCUCUUCCAAUGGCUAUUACACAUGCAACAGCACAAACACGUUCUGCAGCAUCCGCGUGCCAUGUGGAAGAACCUACAACAUUUCCGUAAUACCAAGUCAAAACGGCUGCAAUGGAGUUAGUUCGCCUUAUAAAAUUAUUCAAGCAGCUCCGUGUGUCCCCAUCUUGAAGAGCGUGGAGAUAGACUGCCUCUCCAACUCAGCCUGGGUGGUGUGGAACACAUCAGCAGGGGCGGAGUCUUACACUGCUGUGGCAACAGACAGUGACAGACGCUACUAUCAGUGCAACUCCAGCGACAGCAUGUGUCCAGUCCCUGGGUUACAGUGUGGGAGGAAUUACAGUUUCAGCCUCACAGCCACCAAUGCACAGUGCAGCAGCGGAGUCAGCAACACCAUACAGUCUGAGACAGUACCAUGUGCUCCUGAGGGUGUGAACGUGUCGGUGGGUUGUAACACGGGGACAGUGAGUGUGCGGUGGUUGCGCAGUGUUGGAGCUCUCACAUACACAGCCACACUUGAGCCGCCUGAGGGCAUAGCUUCCUGCUGCACUACUCUUAAUGGUAGCACUUCCUGUGAGGUCACAUCCCUUCCCUGUGGUCAGUCGUACAUGGUGACUGUCACUGCAGCAGGACGAACCUGUAAUAGCUCUCAGAGCACGGCUAUAAUGGUACAGACAGCACCGUGCCAGCCACCACGUAUCAAUGCUACUGUGAGCUGCACUGAUAACGUGGUGAGUGUGAGGUGGACAAGCAGUGCAGGAGGUCAGCUCUAUACAGUAAAUGCAGUAAGCAUGAAUGGAACGUUCACAGACAGCUGCAAUGGCUUUGAUGGAUCUUGCGACCUCAGAGGCCUGGUGUGUGGUCUGCAGUACACGGCCACGGUGGUGGCGCAACACAGCUCCUGCCUUAGCCUGCCGAGUCCCCCAACACUUAUCAAGACAGUACCGUGUGUUCCUCAAAACAUCAAGCUGGACUUGGAUUGCCAGGCCCGCAACCUGACCGUGUCCUGGAACAAGAGCUUGGGGGCUCAGUUUUAUACGGCCAUGGUGACAGACAGUUGGGGGCGCUCCACUAACUGCCAGAGCCUUUCUGACCGCUGUAGCAUUAGUGGCCUGGCCUGUGGAAACAUCUACCAUGCAAGCGUGGUUGCUUCUGAUGCAAACUGCAGCAGCCAGCCCAGCAACAUCCAAAGCACAGACUCAGUUCCAUGUGCUCCCACUAAUAUCCGGGCUCAGAUGGAUAUUCUGACUGGCACGGCCGUGCUCUCAUGGUAUUUGAGUGCCGGUGCAUUGAGGUACAAGGCCAUGGCAGUGAGCAGCAUCUCAGGAACCAAUGUCUCCUGCGACACUCUUCAGACUAACUGCAACCUGAUAAAUCUGUUGUGUGGAGACAAGUACAACGUCACCAUCCAGGCCGUGGGAAGCAUCUGCAAUAGCUCCACUUCCAUGGAUCGAUACCUUCAGACAGGGCCAUGUGUUCCAGUGCUGGUGAGUGCGAGCUACACACCAUCUGUGGCUCUGCUCCUGUGGGACAUGACCCGAGGCGCUGACAGCUACACUGCUCGGGCAGUGUCGCAGCAGGGCUUCCAGACAUCCUGCUCGGCCCGUGACACCACAUGUGUGCUCUACAAUCUGAACUGCAGCCAGAUCUACAACAUCACUCUGACUGCCUACAGCGAUAUCUACCAGGAUGGGGUCAGGUCCAACACUCUUACACUCAACACAGAGCCAUGUCCUCCUACCAUCCUGGCAACCCGAGCGUUCAGUGACCGUGGGGAGGUGACAUGGGAGCCGAGUCUCGGGGCUGUGAGAUACAUGGUCGUACUCGAGGGACAGCGGGGGGAUACCCUUUACUGCCAGACCACAAACACAUCAUGCAGCGUGCCACGACUGCUGUGUGGGACGGUUUACGUCACCCGUGCCAUAGCCAUCGGUACCAGCCUCAACAGCUCGAGCAGUGUAGGGGCCCUGCUCACUACAGUCCCCUGCCUGCCAGACCCAAUCAGCUUUGCCGUAGCAGUGCAGUGUGCAAAUGAUUCAGCAUCCAUCAGCUGGGCCAGGAGCGCAGGAGCGACAUCCUAUGAACUCACCGCUACUAGCAACAACGGGGACCAAUUAAAAUGUGUCACACUGCAGAACAGCUGUAACAUUACAUACCUGGAGUGUGGACAGACGUACAGUCUCAGCCUGACAGCCUUCAACAGUGCGGGUGCCGUUAGCCUGGAAACCGGCAUCACGUUCCAAAGCCGACCCUGCGUGCCCCGGUAUGUGGCGGCGAACCUGCAGUGCAGCACCCGCACAACCGUGCUGACCUGGGAACAGAGGCCAGGAGUCGUGUACUACCUGGGCAGUGCCACUUUCAUGCCUGGAGUAGCCGCCUCAGUGUGUAACUCGAGUGCAGACAGCUGCAGCUUCAGUGGGCUGCAGUGUGGAGUGCAGUUCUCCCUGCGUGUUAGAGCUUAUACUAGACAGUGCUGGAGUGAUUUCAGCGCACCUGUCAACAUCACUACAGAACCCUGCCAGGUGCAGAACCUCACCGUGUCCGGUUCAUGCACCACCAAUACACUCCAGCUGAACUGGUCCAAUGCCACUGGUGCUUUCCUUUACACCAUCUCAGUUACAGGAAACUUGGGCUACACCGGCUCCUUCCAGAGCCCUGUGUCCAAUGUGCAGGUGGAGGUACCCUGUGGCCAGAGUUACAAUUUUAGCGUGUUGGGGCAGAAUGAUCAGUGUCGCAGCAUCACAAGCACCACCGCCAGGUUUUCUACUGCCCCGUGUGUGCCAAUUGGUGUGCAGACCUUCAUUCAGUGUGAGGACAGCAUCGCCUCUGUCAGCUGGGCCGGCAGUGACGGGGCAGUAAAUUAUACUGCGGUUGCUCAGGGACAGACAUUAGGCCGCACCCACAUGUGCACUACCAAUGCAACAGUAUGUAGCUGGAGUGACCUGUUGUGUGGAGAGACGUAUAUGGUCCGAGUCAUCGCCAGCAACCUGCAGUGCAGCAGCACCCCUAGUGACAACACCACCAUCCGCAUGGCUCCAUGUAUACCCCAGAUUUUAAGCGCCACUAUGGACUGUGGCCUGAGAGUCGCGUCUCUGACCUGGCAGUCCAGCCGGGCCGCUCAGUUAUAUGUGAUGACUGCCGAAAACAACAUCGGCCAACAGGUGGGGCUAACCACCAACAGCACCAGUGCUCAGAUCUCAGAGCUCCAGUGUGGACAGCAGUACUAUUUCAAGGUGUCAAGCGUGGGGCAAGGGUGCAGGAGCAGACCGAGCAACGCCUCUGUCCUGCAGACAGCUCCCUGUGUCCCAAUGGGUGUCUCCGUUGUGAUGGACUGCACCAAAAACGAAGCACGUGUGUCAUGGAAUGUCAGCCAGGGGGCAGUGUACUACCGUGCCAUUGCUAUAAGCAGAUACAAUGACUAUGCUUCCUGUAAUAGCUCUGGUGUCAACACGUUCUGCAUUCUGAAGGCCCUCACCUGCGGGGCGGUGUACGGGGUUCAGGUGGUGGCCAUUGGGAAUGAGUGCUCGAGUUUACCAAGUCUGGCAGUCGACUUCCUUUCAGUUCCAUGCACUCCUGAUAUUGUCUUCGCGUACCUGAACUGUAACUCCAGCUCAUUCUCACCGGAAUGGACUUCUGUCACGGGUGCCGUCUCUUACACUGCUGUUGCCAGAGCUCUAGGUGGUCAAAACUCAUCCUGCAGCACGAACUCCACCAGCUGUUUUCUGAGGCAACUGGCAUGUGGCCAGAUACACAACAUAACUGUGACAGCAUCAAACAGUCAAUGCAGCAGCAAUCAGAGCACCGCCCUGCAGGUCACAUCAGGGCCCUGUCCUCCUGCACGUGUUAACUCCAGCAUGAACUGCCAAGCCAACUCUGCACAGGUACAGUGGGAUCCUAACGGUGGGGCGGAGUCUUAUGAAGUCAGUGCUCUUGGUACCAGAGGGAACGUGACAGGAUGCAACACCACUGGAACUUUCUGUAAUUUGUCCAACCUGCUGUGUAGCAAUGUGUACAACAUUAGCGUGGUUGCUAUUAGCAACAACUGCCGUGUGAGAGGAAACCCAGUCACACAGCUGCGUUCAGUGCCAUGUGUCCCUGUCCCACUAAACCCCACUUUGGACUGUGUGUCUGGGGCUGUCACCAUGACCUGGCAGCCCAGCAGUGGAGCCACAUCCUACAGAGCACUUGCUCAGGGAAGUGGAGGUUAUUCAUCAUCGUGCAACAGCAACAGCACCACGUGUGUGUUCACCGGGCUGCUGUGUGGACUGAACUACAGUUUCACUGUCUCGGCUUCUGACAGCACGUGCACCAGCGCAAACAGCAGCAGUGUUCAGCUGAAAACAGUCCCCUGUGCACCCACUGGUGUCCAAGCCUCCCUGCUCUGCAGCUCUAACUCAGCAGCUGUGACCUGGCUGUCAUCCAGUGGAGCGCUGAGAUAUCGGGCUAUUGCUGUGAACAUCAACGGGUCUCACACUGUCUCCUGUAACUCCAGCCUGCCUUCCUGCACUGCUGGACAGCUCCUCUGUGGAACAUCCUACAACGUCACUGUGGUUGCUCUGGAUGAUGCAUGCAGUAGUGGCAGGAGUGUUGCCACGCAAGUGCGCUCGGGUCCCUGUGCUCCCCAGAAUGUGCAAGUCCAGAUGAACUGUACAGCCAGUGCCAUGACCGUAACCUGGGCAGCCAAUCCGGAUGCAGAAUUCUUCCUUGUGGAUGCAGUGAGCAGCAAUAUCAGCCUGUCUUGUAACACAACAGGCACAGUUUGCUCAAUCAGAGGCCUGGUCUGUGGUUUGUCCUUGUCCGUAACAGUGAGGGCAGUUCGGGGUGGCUGUCAGAGUAUACCCAGUGCAGCUGUACAAGCUUCAUCGGCUCCGUGCAUACCUCAGGGUCAGAGCGGCAACCUCGACUGUGUGACCAACUCGGUCUGGGUGUCAUGGCAACAAGCGGCCGGUGCAGAAUCUUACCAGGUGUUAGCAGUGUCAGGGGGCGGGGCUAACUCCAUCUGCAGCACUUCGGAUCUUUUCUGUAACGUUCCCAACCUGCUGUGUGGCACCCAGUACACCUUCCAAGUUACUGCCAUGAACUCCUGGUGUGCCAGCAAACAAUACAACAGCUCCUUCUAUAUUGUGACAGGGCCCUGCUCUCUGAUGGGCAUCAGUGCAGUGACGGAGUGCCGCAGCAGCUCCAUAAGAGUCAGCUGGCUCACCCAGUCAAGCUCGUCCUUCCUCGUUGUCACAGCAGAGGGGCAGGACCUCAGCUUCCUGGGGUGUAACAGCACCAGUACUUCCUGUGUGCUUAACGGCGCUCGCUGUGGCAUGCAGUACGCCAUCAUCGUCUCCGCCAGCUCGGAUAAGUGCAGCAGUCUCCGCAGUCCUCCGUACUACAUCAGCACAGCCCCGUGUGCUCCUCAGGCAGUGAGUGUGAGGCCGCUGUGUGAUACAGAGAGCGUGUUGGUGUCCUGGGCACGCUCUAACCUCGCUCAGUCCUACUAUCUAACAGCCAAUGGUGCGGACGGCGACAUCCAAAACUGCAGCAGCACCACAGAGAACUGCACCCUGAGCCGCCUGCGCUGUGGCCAGCCAUACACACUCAGCGUGAUCGCUUCAGACGGGAACUGCACCAGCCUUGCCAGCCAGGCCCUCACCUUCAACACAACUUCAUGUGCACCUCUGAACCUGAAUGUGUCCAUAUCAUGUGGAAACAACUCAGCCACACUCUCCUGGUCCUCCAGCAAGGGCUCGGUGUGGUAUUACGCAUUGGCCGUCAACGCACAAGGGGACAGACGUCAAUGCAACGCCACAGGCACUUCCUGUACCAUAGCAGGGCUUCAGUGCGGGACCUUGUAUAACUUCAGCGUGCAGGCCUCAGGCGGACUAUGCAACAGCUCCCGCAGUCCAAUAGUGCAGAAAGCAGCAGCCCCGUGUGCUCCUCAGGCAGUGAGCGUGAGGCCGCUGUGUGAUACAGAGAGCGUGUUGGUGUCCUGGGCACGCUCUAACCUCGCUCAGUCCUACUAUCUAACAGCCAAUGGUGCGGACGGCGACAUCCAAAACUGCAGCAGCACCACAGAGAACUGCACCCUGAGCCGCCUGCCCUGUGGCCAGUCAUACACACUCAGCGUGAUCGCUUCAGACGGGAACUGCACCAGCCCUGCCAGCCAGGCCCUCACCUUCAACACAACUCCAUGUGCACCUCUGAGCCUGAAUGUGUCGUGUGGAAACAACUCAACCACACUCUCCUGGUCCUCCAGCAAGGGCUCGGUGUGGUAUUACGCCUUGGCCGUCAACGCACAAGGGGACAGACGUCAAUGCAACGCCACAGGCACUUCCUGUACCAUAGCAGGGCUUCAGUGCGGGACCUUGUAUAACUUCAGCGUGCAGGCCUCAGGCGGACUAUGCAACAGCUCCCGCAGUCCAAUAGUGCAGAAAGCAGCAGCCCCGUGUGCUCCUCAGGCAGUGAGCGUGAGGCCGCUGUGUGAUACAGAGAGCGUGUUGGUGUCCUGGGCACGCUCUAACCUCGCUCAGUCCUACUAUCUAACAGCCACUGGUGCGGAUGGCGACAUCCAAAACUGCAGUAGCACCACAGAGAACUGCACCCUGAGCCGCCUGCCCUGUGGCCAGUCAUACACACUCAGCGUGAUCGCUUCAGACGGGAACUGCACCAGCCCUGCCAGCCAGGCCCUCACCUUCAACACAACUCCAUGUGCACCUCUGAGCCUGAAUGUGUCGUGUGGAAACAACUCAACCACACUCUCCUGGUCCUCCAGCAAGGGCUCGGUGUGGUAUUACGCCUUGGCCGUCAACGCACAAGGGGACAGACGUCAAUGCAACGCCACAGGCACUUCCUGUACCAUAGCAGGGCUUCAGUGCGGGACCUUGUAUAACUUCAGCGUGCAGGCCUCAGACGCAGUAUGCAACAGCUCCCGCAGUCCAAUAGUGCAGAAAGCAGCAGCCCCGUGUGCUCCUCAGGCAGUGAGCGUGAGGCCGCUGUGUGAUACAGAGAGCGUGUUGGUGUCCUGGGCACGCUCUAACCUCGCUCAGUCCUACUAUCUAACAGCCAAUGGUGUGGAUGGCGACAUCCAAAACUGCAGCAGCACCACAGAGAACUGCACCCUGAGCCGCCUGCGCUGUGGCCAGCCAUACACACUCAGCGUGAUCGCUUCAGACGGGAACUGCACCAGCCCUGCCAGCCAGGCCCUCACCUUCAACACAACUUCAUGUGCACCUCUGAACCUGAAUGUGUCCAUAUCAUGUGGAAACAACUCCACCACACUCUCCUGGUCCUCCAGCAAGGGCUCGGUGUGGUAUUACGCCUUGGCCGUCAACGCACAAGGGGACAGACGUCAAUGCAACGCCACAGGCACUUCCUGUACCAUAGCAGGGCUUCAGUGCGGGACCUUGUAUAACUUCAGCGUGCAGGCCUCAGGCGGACUAUGCAACAGCUCCCGCAGUCCAAUAGUGCAGAAAGCAGCAGUGCCGUGUCCCCCGACCUCGGUAACCAUAGACACUCGUAAUAUGGAAAAUGCCUCUCUGGUAAGAGUGCGCUGGAGCGCCGUGACCUGCUUGGCCGUCCAGUACCUGGUAGAGCUCAAUGGCCAGUUCCUCUACGACCCCUCCUCUCUUGUGCAGUUGGCAUCCUACUGGAUAGAGCAGACAUAUUUCGAGUUCCUGGUGCCCUGCGACAUCCUCUACUCAGUGGUGGUCAUCGCCGGAAGUGGAGCAGGGAAUGGAGCGCCGUCCUUUGCUGUCAAUGGAUCUACAGGUUUCUGCCCAGUGUACAGUAGUAACACCGCAGGCUCAGUGUUAGAUCGCCGUAGGAGAGACUUGCGAGAGGCAGAGAUUCUUGCUGGAGUAGAGGACGAAGACGUGCUGCUGGUGCCUGAAGUCACGGUCGUGCAUGUGGAGGGCGUGACCCUGCACGUCGAGUGGGCUCCAGUCACUGGUGCAAGUUAUUACACCUUGAUUGUGAGGGAAGACACUGAAUCUCAUCCCUACGAGGUAGUACUGACUGUUCAAGGCGAGGUCUCGGAUAUCCCCGACCUUAAACCUGCCACACGCUACUGCGUCACCCUGUCUGCCAAGACCUCCAUUAAACAGAGCGCCUACUCCACCCCAGUGUGCAUCACCAGUGAGGUUCCUAUCUGAAUCACAAGAACCUUCAUGUCUGAGUGGGAAAAGCAAUAUGGCCACCAGAUCAUCCCUGCUAUUAGAACAUCCGCUGUAGUGAGCUACUUAUGAGUAAUAUAAUUACACCCAAGUUUGACCAUGAAAUUAUUACAAGAAUUUUUUUUAUAGCACUACCACAGUUUAUCGAGAUCCAAUACUGUAUUUCACAUUCCAAUACUGUGAUUGUCGUUGUACAACCAAGAAUUAAACACCAAAAUAUACCUAUUCACACAUGUCUAAUGAAAAGGGCUGAUUUUGAUUUGAAUUCUUUAAGUCCUCAAGAGAAAAUAUAAGCUUGAGUCUCUGUUAAAACUGAUUUUAUUUGAGCCAUGUCCAGCUGAAAUUUUCAGCUGUUUUACUCAAUUUACAAUAAACUAUUAUAAAUAUAAGCAUAGUCACUUUCUGUAAUAAGAACAUUUCAAUUAAUAAUGCAUGUAUACUGCAUAUAUAGAGAGCAAAUAAAAUACUGUUUAUCAAGCAAUAUUUUUAAACUACAUAUUGUAUUGCCUUGUAGAUGCACUAUACAGUUUUAUGACUUUUCAUUAGUCAUUUUAAUUAAGUCAGACUUGAUUGAAUAAAGGAAUGUUAAUAUUUA